UGGAGCUAAUUAGGGGCGGUGCUUGGAGUUAUACACUUGCUCAUGUAUGUACAAAAUGUCAUGUCAUGUCCAUGUACCCCUUUGACUUACAUACAUGUAUGUACCUAUGUAUGUAUAUCGCCUCGCCUCAUCAAAUCAUCUCCUCGUAGCAUAAUCUAGAAUCGCAUUUCGACAGAAAACCGCAGUAACCACCCUGCAAGCCUGUUACUAUUUAUUCUCAUUAGCUGAUCCUGCAGUAACACCAUCUUAACUUAUUUCUCUCACGAAGUAACCUAAAUUAAAUACUUGCAUCUCUACAGAACAUCCAUCCAUCCAUACAUUAGUUUAGUUACUCUCCUUCUCCUUCGCAACAUCAAACCCCUCCUUACCUAUCAUCAGGACCCCGCUUCCUCGCGCAAGUCGAUCGAUCAACUGAUCAACCGAAUACUUCACACCUCAAUAUUAAUAGUAUAGACAAAUCAACUUCAAUUUCUACACGCAUGGCUGAUUUCGCCGCUCCUCCCGGCCCGCCGCCCCCCAAGGUCCCCGAAGGUUGGGUCGCCCGCUGGAACGAUCAAUACCACGAAUGGUUCUACGUUAACACCUACACCAAGAAAUCCCAAUGGGACAGACCUACCGAGCCAGCCGUAGACCCUAACCGUCACGAUGACGGCGCGCCCCCCGGUCCUCCCCCAGGCUACACGCCGGGCUCCGGACCCUCGCCCACCGACUCCAAGAACAACCCCUUCGUGAACGAGUCAACGAAGCCCGGGUACGGAUCUAGUUCACAUGUGGACGAGGACGCGGACGCUCGGUUGGCCCGCCAGCUACAGGAGGAAGAGAAUGCGCGCACUAGAGGUGCCGCCCAGUCCUACGCCAACACACCCACACCGCCCCAGGGCUACUCGCCAUAUCCCGAUCAGCUGCCUCCGCGCUCAUCCGGCGGCAGCAACCCCGCCGACAAAGCCAAGGGUCUACUCGGCAAGUUCUUCGGCAGCGGCAAGAACAAGCCGCACGCCGGGUACCCCGGCCAGCAGCAAUACAGCCCCCAGCCCCAACAACCCUACGGCGGAUACGGUUCUCCCCCUCCCCCUCAGCAGGGGUACUACAACGGUCCUCCGCCUCCACAGCAAUACGGCGGCUACGGCCCGCCUCCAGGCCAGUACGGCGGAUACCCUCCCCAAGGCGGCUACGGCGGUUAUCCCCCGCAGGGCGGGUACUACGGGCAGCAGCAACCGCCUAAGAAGAGCGGAGGCGGCAUGGGCAUGGCGGGAGGCGCGGCGCUGGGCGUGGGCGCGGGAUUGUUGGGCGGUGCGCUGAUUGCGGAUGCGAUCAACGACGAGCAGCAGGAGGCGUAUGCGGAGGGCUAUCAGGAUGGCAAUGGUGGUGGGGAUUAUGGUGGCGGCGACGACUUUGGUGGAGAUUUCUAGACGCCAUGCUGCGUUGCGUUGCGUUGCGUUGCGUUGCGGUAUGUUUUAAAAGCAAAUAAGCAUACAUCGAAUGUCGUCUUCGCAUUUGUUUUUUUCUUUUUAACCAUCAGCUCGAGUGAGGGACGAGAAUAGGAGGGUUAUGCGGCUCGAAUAAGACAGACGAACGAGACUCGUAUUAGGCAUUAGGAGGCGUUGAUUAUGAAUGGCAGCAAGACUAAGCAUAGGGACGAGAACGAGAAUGAGAACGGGAAAGGAAAGGAUACAUAGGGAGAGAAGUUCAGAUCGAGAUCGACUCGAUGCUUGCUUGGGUCUGGUACAUAUCAUAGGUCCUGCGGCAUAGCGCAGAAAGAACGCUCGUUCUAGGUGCUUAGGCGUAUUAAUGCGAUGGCAAUUUAAUCCCUGCAACUGAAUGAAUUUGAAAGCAG